GAAACGGCUGGUUCAGAUGAUGACAUCGACUCUUGUCGUCAAAAGUGUUGUUGGCGGUGCAGCUUUGAGCUCUGCGCUUACUGCGGAUCGGAUUGUUACCACAGUCGCGCCUUACGUCUCUUCUUAAGAUGAUGUUUCGGCGCACGACGACGCGAACACUCUGCUCGGACGCGCACCGAGCACCCGUUUACCCGCAAAGCGGCCACGAUUAGUCACAGGGAUUUCUCUUGUGUCCCACGGCAUUUGGCACUCACGCUUGUUGGUAGGCGCUUGUUGACCGUCCUGUCGGUUCGGUCCCGGCGUCUUAGUUGCUUUGGCUUACGCCGUCAAUCGACUCUAUUUCGUCAGUCCAGCCCACUCCUGGCUUACGUCUCUGCAGACAACUCUCUAAGCACAAUCUGUCUGUGCAAUGUGUGCCUUGUUAUGGUGGCAUUCUUGCGCUGAGUGAUCUUGCUCGUGCAAGCCCUGUUUGUUUUGGGUAAGGAAAUCACAACCGUUUAGCCGCGAAUUCUCUCAUGUAACCUUCCUUCUUUCCUUAAAUACGGCAACCGUUUGCCAUGACCUCAUCCCCCGCGAUCCGUCCUUCCCUCCCCCAUGUCUACUACACCCUCUGUAGACCACACGAUAACGGACGAGCACCCGCCCGCCGAAGACCCUCAUGCGGCGGUCCUAACUGGGAAGAAGCUUGUCAUCGUGUUCGUUGCCAUGUUGCUGUCACUGCUGCUCAUCGCACUCGACCAGACGAUCCUCGCCACCGCGCUGCCACGAAUCGCGUCCGAUUUCAACUCUUUCACGCUCCAGGGAUGGGUCUCGUCGUCCUUUAUCCUAGCACAGACGGUCCUUCUACUUUUCUACGGGCAGCUCCUCCGCAUCUGGCCCGCAAAAUGGAUCCUCUUCUCGGCGGUGGUCAUCUUUGAGCUGGGUUCGCUUGUGUGCGGAGUGGCGCAGAACGUCGGGAUGCUUAUUGCUGGCCGGACGGUAUCUGGAGUGGGUGCCGCGGGUAUUUUCGUGGGACUCAACCAAGUAAUCGUCCAGUCGACGCGUCUGGAGGACCGACCGCGUCUCUUGGGUCUUUUCGGUGCCGUCUUUGGGCUGUCCAGUGUCAUUGGCCCGCUCAUCGGAGGUGCCUUCACGGACCACGUUUCCUGGCGCUGGUGUUUCUUCAUCAAUCUACCGCUCGGUGGCGUGUCACUUUUGGGCAUCACGUUCCUACUCAAGUCGUCGCCGCCGCUGGGCUCGGACCCUUCCACGCGGACAUGGUCCAAUCUCCUCCGCCAGACUAUGCAGAUGGAUUAUUUUGGCGCGAUACUGGUCUCAGGAGCUGUCACGUCUCUGGUUUUGGCUCUCCAGUGGGGUGGAAACACUAAGCCCUGGGGUGACAAGGAUGUCAUCAUCUGUUUCGUCUUCGCCGCCGUACUGGCAGUCGCCUUCAUUCUAUGGGAGAUCCGCGCUGGUGACCGUGCCAUGACACCGACAACCAUCUUCAAAUCUCGUUCGGUCUAUGCGAUCGUCGCGUACUGCUUCUUGUCACGAUUCACGCUCCUUCUGUUCUCGUACUACAUCCCCAUCUUCUACCAAGCUGUGCGCCACCGGUCUGCGACUCAGUCCGGGAUCAACUUGCUGCCCUUCAUGAUGGGCGUCGUGCUCACGUCAAUCGUCUCCGGUCAGCUCGUGUCACGAUUCGGCUAUUACUGGCCGUUCCUGGUCGUAUCCCCCGUCUUCCUUGCACUUGGCUCUGGGCUGCUCUACACCCUGAAGACGAGCACAUCGUCCGCCACGAUCAUCGGCUUCCAGAUUCUGGCUGGCGUGGGCACCGGAAUGGGCAUGCAGAACUCGCUGCUGUCCAUGCAAGUCGAAUUCAAACACGCGCCCCGGAUGAUUGGUCAAGCUGUGUCGAUGGGGGCAUUCGGGCAGUUCCUUGGAGGCACGCUCGGCCUCGGCGUCGCGGAGCCGGUCUUUGCAUCGGAGCUGAGCAAGUACCUGAUCCAGUAUGCGCCGACCGCGCCGGCAUCCAUCGUCGAGCAGAGCCCGACCGCCAUCUACACCGAGCUCGACCCGUCGCUGAUCCCGGGUGUCGUUCAAGCCUACCUGCAGUCGCUGCGCAUCGUGUUCGUGCUCGGUGUCCCAGUGGCGGGGCUCGCACUUGUCGCCGCACUGUUCAUCAAGAACAUCCACAUUGCUGCGCCGCCGCCAGCGCCCAGCGUCAACGAGAAGGAGGAGAUGACUGAGGUAUGAGCGCGUUGGUUGUCGGAGCACAGCACAUGUAGAUUAUCAUAGCAACAUGUUUUUAUUCACGAAUCACCGGAUCUUUUUAGAAUAACCACUUAAUCUGAUGAUGACCUGG